UUAUCUACGUCAUCACUGUGCGUCGACACUUUAGUGCUAAAGAAGGAGAAAUGGCUGCAAGGUUACUGCUCCGUUCAGCUUACAGGGCCGCCACAACCUGCCGGGCUACCCGGGUCCCUGUUUUGACCCGCGGGAUGGCAGCUGGAGGGAUUCCCUCUGAUGAGGAACAAGCCACAGGAAUGGAGAAGAUUAUCAUGAGGGCCAUGAAGGAUGGAACGGAUCCCUACAACAUGUUGAAGCCAAAGGAGUAUGCUGGCUCCAAAGCCGAUCCUCAUCUUGUUCCCUCCAUCACCAACAAGAGGAUUGUGGGAUGUGUCUGUGAAGAGGACAACACAGCAGUGGUUUGGUUCUGGCUUCACGAGGGCGAGGCCCAGCGCUGCCCGUCCUGUGGUUCCCACUACAAACUGGUGGCCCAUGAGCUCCCCCAUUAAUGUACACAUACCUCUAUUAUUACAGACCUGUGUGUCUGCACAGUGUUUGCUUCUCUAAGAAAUAUUCCUUUAGAACAAGAUGUAGAAGGUUCAGACAGACAUCAAGUCUCCAGGAAGGGUAUUUUUACGGACAUUUUCAGUUCUACUUCUUUCUGGUCUAAAUUUGUGAGUUCUGGUCUGUUUGGUCUUUGACUUGUUCUGUUACAGUACUUGAUCUACCUGCUAAACCUCACCAGUCUUUGCUUUACGUGACCUGUUUUGUUACCUUGAACUGAGGGAACACUUGUGUUGUGGGACACAACAGUUUCUUUUUAAACAUUUCCAUUCACUUGCAGUUUACAUUGGCACAUGUACUGUACAAUGUUACACUCGGUCCACUUACUCCUCUAAUUGAACCAAUAAAGUUUUAACUUCAACUGA